AGAACAACUCAACCUUCACACAAAAUGGCUCUAGCAAGCUAUGGAAAAUGAUGAUAUUUGAGUGCAAUGAAAGUAUGAAUGUUGUGAAGUGAAUUGGUGAGAAAAGCAGACCCAAACACCCCUUUUUAUAGUGCCAAAAUAGGCUCCAACGGACCAAUGCAUUAAAGGGGUGAUUGGCUUGAUUUAAGGGAUUGAAUAAAUUUGGGAUCUACAGGAUAUUGGCUUCCCAUCGAUGUUUGGAACUUACCCAUCGCUGCUCCGUCUCCCGAGAUGCUGCAGAAGAUGGAACUGCAUUUGAAGUACCCUAAAUUUUCACAGAAGAAGAUGAACAAGUACCUGGAUACUGAUACCAAGAGAGCUGCUCUGGCAGCAUCUCUUUCUGUGGUUGCUCUUAUGUCCUACACUGGUGAGAAGGAGUUGAAAAAAUGUUCUGGUACUAUUAUUGAAGCUGAUAAUGAUGUUGGGAUUGUUUUGACUUCGGCCAACCUCAUUCGGCGUCCUACGGAUGAAGAAUUUGUACAAAAUGCAUUGGCUGAUGAUCUCAAGGUUGUUGUGGUGCCAGGCGAUGGCCAAGCAUACGAAGGCGAAAUAUGUGCUUUUGAUUUUCACUACAAUCUUGUUGCUAUACGGUUCAAGGCAAAUUCUCCACUCCGAAGUGCUAAAUUGAGGCUUGUUGAUGACUCAGUCAAUAUAAAUCCUCAACACGGCCUUGGUGAAGAGACGGCGUUUCAACUUAAACGCCAUUCGUCUUUGUUUAAGCUCUUUCCGGGUCAGGCUGUAAUAGGCAUUGGACGGUAUUUUGCUGAGCCUUACGAACUCAUGGCUGCUCCGGGUGAAUUUAGUCUUGGCUGCUGUGAUUAUGAUUGUAAAGAGCUUUUUCAAGCAUUGUGCAGAAUGACAAGUUGCGGUGAUGGGGGCCCACUUAUCAAUCAAUCUGGAGAAGUCAUUGGCAUUGCAUUUUAUGAUAUUUUUCAGACUCCUUUUCUUCCAAUAAACCUAGUUUGCAAGUGGUGGGAGCACUACAAAAGACAUGGGGAACUUCGCCGGUCUUUUGUGGCAAUGCAAGCCACUAAUUUGUAUGCUGCUGAUCUUGAACUUGUGGAUAGGAUUAUCCGGAAAUUUCCAAGCAUUUACAAAGGUGUUAUUGUUGAACAGGUCAUUCCAGGGUCAUCUUUAUGUGUGGAUGAUGUCAUAAUUGAGUGUGCUGGGAGAGCUGUUCACAGUUUUUUGGAGUUAUGUGAGAUGAUGUGGGACAAUGUUGGAGAUGCGGUGGAUUUGGUAGUGGCACGGGCAGAUCACGACACUCUUUUAAAGCUCAAGAUGACGGUGACUGAGGCCACACCAGAUAAGCUUAAUCGUUGGCACCAUUGGCGUAGGUAGCAGCACACAAGGGCGGAGCUUCUUUUUUUUGUUUUUUUGUUUUCGUUUGUGGGAGUGGGGUCGGGGGGAGGCACUAACUUAUCAUCCGUUCGUUGACACUUUUGGUGAUUCCAACAAAGACCUCCCUAUUUUCAAAAGUUGCAAUCCUCGCCUUGCCACUAGUCACUACACCCUACUUGAAGCUCUAAGUUAUUUGUAUAUGGAGAUAUAUACGAGAUAUAUACUGCCUUUUUUUGUCAUUACAUAAGGCGUCUUCGAUAUUUUCAAUGCUUCCCUACCCCCACCCAAAGUUGCAAUCCUCGCUCCGCCAUUGGUUUCAUGAUACCUGGAGCACUAACUUAUUUGUAUCAUGUGAUAUAUGUAUAUUCUGUUUUUCUUUUUGUCAUCACAUUUGAAACUCUUUAAGAAAUAUUUAUAGAAAUA